GUCCGCGGCCGUACAGAGGGCGGCGGGGUGUGUGGUCUGUCUUGGCCUCCCCUGCCCCAGGCCUGCGCUCUGCCGGGGGAGGCCAUUCAUCCUCCCGCGGGUGUCACCUGCGCGUCCCCGGGGCCGGCGGGGCGGGGGAGGCGAGGCCGGCGGGGAGGCCGGGGCGCGCCGCGCAGCCCAGAUAAAAUGGAGAUCUCCUUCCCGCGGAUGUAUAAAGAUUAAGUGCUAAGCGCCAAAAUGAGUGUGACUUCGUGGUUCUUGGUGAGCAGCACUGGCAUUCGCCAUCGGCUCCCUCGGGAGAUGAUAUUUGUUGGCAGAGAUGACUGUGAACUGAUGCUCCAGUCCCGCAGUGUCGAUAAGCAGCAUGCUGUAAUCAACUAUGACAAGGAGAAAGACGAGCACUGGGUGAAGGAUCUCGGGAGCUUAAAUGGCACAUUCGUCAAUGACGUAAGGAUUCCUGACCAGAAGUACAUCACCUUAAAACUGAAUGAUGUCAUUCGCUUUGGUUAUGAUUCGAACAUGUAUGUCCUGGAACAAAUUCAACACAAAGUCCCAGAAGAAGCAUUAAAGCAUGAAAAGUACACCAGCCAACUUCAGAUGAAUUAUAAAGGCACGGCAAUGAAGAGGGCGGAGCAGCCCAUGGAGCACGGUGUCUACUCUGAGUCCUCACAAGCCAAGCUGGAGAAAGGAGAGAGGAAAGCAAUUACAGAAACCAGUACUUACCGCACCCCUCUUUAUGGGCAGCCCUCCUGGUGGGGGGAAGAUGAUGCAAACAACAAGGAGGACAGAAGGCCAGAGGAACAUUACUCAGAAAGAUCAAAAGAGAUAACCCAACAUGAAGAGGAACUGAAUGGUAAUAUUUCUGCUUAUAGAGAUGCCCAAGAACAGUCGGUGUUUGCCUUCCGGAGAGAGCCAAGUUACUUUGAGAUUCCAACUAAGGAAUUUCAGCAGCCAUCAAAAUCUCCAGAAGCACAGGUCCAUGAGAUCCCAACAAAGGAUGUUGAUGCAGUAGUAGCCCCCGUUGUACAGAGUCAUGCAUCUUUCACCAUUGAAUUUGAUGAUGGUACCCCCGGUAAAAUAAAGAUAAAAGACCAUGUAACUAAAUUUUCACUCAGACAGAGAAGACCGUAUAGUAAGGAACCAGCUCAUACAGAAGUGAUGUCAGCGGAGAGCAAAGUGGCUGACUGGCUUGUCCAGAAUGACCCAAGCUUGAUGAGACGGCAGUCUCCAGGAGAUGAUGUGUACAGUACAAAGAGUGACCUGCCGGUUCAUGUGAGGACGCUUAAAGGCAAUAGGCACGAGGACGGGACGCAGAGCGACUCCGAAGACCCUGUGGCGCCCAAGGCAGAGAAGGAGACAACGACGGGCAGCGAACGUGCGACAGAGCAAACCAGGCUGCAGCGCCAGAUGAGGCGUGAUCCCCACGAGAUGCUGCACAACAAGCAGGCCUUCGUCAUCGAGUUCUUCGAGGACACGCCGCGGAAGAAGCGGUCACAGUCCUUCACUCACAGCGCUCACUCCUCUCAGAGUGACACUGAUCCAGGGCCGAAGACCAAGGUUGAAAAGCGGAAGAAUGCGUUGCCAGCAGAGAAGCUGGGAAAUGCGGUGCCACCAUCCCACCCUGGGGCUCAGGCGGGCAAGCCCAGUAACAACUCCUCUGGGACCCAAAGAACUAGCUCCUUCAAGAGGGAAAAGACAGAGGAUCGGAUCAACUCUUCAUCCUCUUCUGCUUCCAGAGCAUCAGCCAAAACUUAUGGGAGUGUUGGGAGAAAGUCUAAAAUGGCUCAGGAUUUUAUGGCCGAGUACUUGCGGGAGACUGCUCAGUCUGGGAAGCCGAGCGCUGAGAAACCGGCACCUCUACCUGUGCCUGUAGCUCCACGCGUGGUUGUAUCGUCAGAACCAGAGUCUGCCUCUGCUCCACCUCCAGAGGUAAAGUCUGCCCAGGGCAGGAGGAACGAUGAGGAAGACAGCGUGAGUGAGACAGGCACGUACACCAUCGAGACAGAGUCGCAGGAUAAAGAGGUGGAGGAAGCACGAAAAAUGAUAGAUCAGGUUUUUGGUGUUCUUGAGUCACCUGAAUUUUCCAGAAUCUCUUCAGCCUUUAGACCAAUAAUUAAAGGUGAAAAAGAUGACUCUGGUUCUCAUCAGCAUCUAAUCAGUGAAAAUGGCACUAGUCAGAAGUCACCCUUGCUCCAGGCAUUUGCCUCAAAAGCUGUGAGCGGGUCUCAGGCUGAUGCACAGAUGUCUGCGGCGUCUCAAGGAAGUCAGAAGUGGGUGUCUAGGUGGGCGAGCCUUGCGGACAGUUAUUCUGACUCUGGAUCUGUUCCUGGGCAGGGUGAUGCAGGUGCAGAAAGCAGUGUAGCCCCAAAACCUGGGGAACCAGAAAAUGCCGUGCCCUUGAGAACAAGGCGCCUUCUUCCUCAACUCCCACCAAGUGAUAAAUCAGACAGUCCCACACCUGCGGUCCUGGUCUGCCAGGAGUCCUACUCUGAGGCUAAGAGAACCGUUGUGAAGGACCACUGUGUGGAAGCCUAUGGCGAUCCCAGCAGCCGCCUCUUCAUCCAAGAAGACUUGGAUCCAGAUAGUCUUAGCGAUGCCAGCAGAUCUGACGAUGGCUUCAGCAUGGAAAAAGGCAAGAAAUAUAAAGAGAACAAUAAAGUGCUAGAGCAGAUGGGUGAAGACACAAAAUCAGAGAGUCGGCAGCCGGGAGCCUCCCGGGUUUCAAACAUGAGAAUUGUAAGUGAGCCAGUUUCUACUUCGUUCUACAUUGGUGAUGACAGCAAUGAUGUGGGGAUUCCCUCCAAGCUCUCUCUGAGCGUGUCCCAUGCUCGAGCAGACAAAGACAGCAAGGAUCAGGAGUUUUCCUUCAAGUCUGCUGGCAUGCCAGUUCCUGGAAAGCCAGCGGUCAAAGACGUUAGCGCUUACAUUAAUGCAGCAGGAAAAGUGGUUAUUUCGCUUCAUCAGAGUCUUCCUCAAGACCAGGAAAACACGGCAGGAAAGGAGACAUCAUCUUUUGUUAGACAGGAAAGUUUUACCAAAGAUAAAUCAAGUAGUGGUGUUCCUCAAAAUAAACUCCCACAUAUUUCAAGUCACCCUCUGCUUAAAGAUUUAGAGGCUGUUCGGUCAACCCGUAUGGACUUUGGUCAGGAGACUCAUCUUCUCCUCAAGGACACUGAAACUGCCUUGGCAGCACUGGAAGCCAAAUUACUUGGUCAAAGCCAACAGCUGGAGCCUUCGGAAACUGCUGGUCAGCUGGAGGACUCCUUGUCAGGGGACUCGGACGUGGACACUGCCAGCACGGUCAGCUUGGUGAGUGGCAAAAAUGUCCCAACGAGCGCCCCCAAACGCAAAGUGAUUGCGAGCUUGCAGAAGGAGAAAUCUUCCUCCACACCGUCCAUCCAGGAGCAGUGCGGGCAGCCGAGCGCUCGGGACAGGCUGACAGAGAAGCGGAAAACGCAAGCACCGGAGGCAUCAAACCGCGCAGAGGCUGCCAAGCGCUUCCAGAUGAAGCGGAGUGCUGGGACUCGAGGGUCGCUUGACUUCACGGAUGAUGAGAGAAGCUCGAGCCUGCCCUACUUGCCUGUCCCCGACACGGUUGUGUCUGACCAUGAGCACUCGGUAACCCGGCCGGUUCCCAGAAGGAAACCUUUCACUCAGGCUGCCAAGGAGGACCAUAGCAAAACAACCUCGAACGUGCAGAAGAUCCAGCAAGUUCUCACCCGCUCCAACAGUUUAUCCACCCCACGGCCCACAAGGGCCUCAAAGUUACGUCGUGCCCGGCUGGGAGAUGCUUCGGACAACGAGUGUGUUGAUACUGAGAAAACAGCCUCUAACUCUGAAGCUGCCACUGCAGGCUCCAAGCAGUCCACGGAGACAAAGAAGCUGUCGCGGCUGGACAUCCUCGCCAUGCCAAGGAAACGGGCAGGUUCCUUUACAGUGCCCAGUGACUCCGAAACGGCUCAGUCGAGGUCGGGGUUUUCAGGGCGGAGUGUGGAGUCCUAUCGGAAGACGGGUAUUUCGGAGGUUAGAAAUGCAGUGAGGAAAACGGCAGCUGCUGCCUCCACGAAGCAGCCUUUCAGCAGGACUCGUUCAAGCAGUGUCAAGUACUCCUCCUCAUCCACGUCAAGGCGGAGACCACAGGGUUCAGAUUACACUUCUACUUCGGAGGAGGAAUAUGGCUCAAAUCACAGCUCCCCUAAACACAAACGCUCCCAUACUUCAACAGCCACACAAACACCGAGGAUACGUGGCUCUGGGCUGAGCAAGCAGAAGCACAAUGGCAGAGAAACGGAUGAUGAUGAAGAUUUUGAUGACCACCCUGAUCCCUACAACUUCAUGGCGCAAACAGCAGAGAUAGCAGAAAUAGCCAGACUCAGCCAGACCUUGGUGAAGGAUGUGGCCAUCCUUGCUCGAGAGAUUCACGAUGUUGCUGGAGAUGGGGACUCACAGAGUUCAUCGGGGACGGCACCGAGCACUUCUCUCAGCUCUGUGCCCAACACUCCUGCUUCUACCAUAUCAGCGAGAGAAGAGUUGGUGCAGCACAUUCCAGAAGCAAGUCUGAACUACCAGAAAGUGCCUCCGGGAUCAGUGGAACUGAAGGAUUUUGACCAAAAUAUGAAUGAUAAUAGAGAAGAGGAUCCCUCAAGAAAAACAAGGACAAGAAACCGUGAGGAGGUAAUCUUUGACAAUCUGAUGUUGAACCCAGUGUCCCAGUUAUCACAUACGAUCCGUGAAAAUACAGAAAAUCUAGCAGAGAAAAUGAAGAUUCUGUUUCAAAACUCAGAAAGGACCUGGGAGGAGAUGGAGGCCAAAAUUAAUUCAGAAAACGAAGUGCCAAUUCUGAAGACAUCAAACAAGGAAAUCAGUUCUAUCCUGAAGGAGCUCAGGAGAGUUCAAAAACAGCUUGAAGUCAUAAAUGCUAUCGUUGACCCUACUGGAAACUUGGAUGUAGUUGCCAGUAACAAAUCAUCUUCUGCUGCUAAACAAUCUACAGCAAAUAAAGUCAGGACUGCUAACACUUCUGGGUCCACGCUGGAGACUUUGUCCCCAGCACAGAUGAGAAGCUACACGCAGAAAUCGAACUGUGGGUCUUCUAGCUUACAAGAUUCAAGUUUCAUUCCGGAUGGGGAGAAAUAUGUGAUCUGAUACAAUAUUUUGUAUUGCUAUCAUAUUGUAAUCUACUGUCGCAUUAGUGUUGUGUAUGAGUGGUUUGUGGACAGUUUGUGUGGAGCAGUUGUUUAGAUUGCUAACACGUUGCACAAAAAAAAAAUAAUCAAAAAUCUAUGCUGUGAGGGUGAAUGGAAAGUCUGUGUAUGCCUUUUAAACAAGACUAGCACUGUGGAGCAGCACAUAUUCAGCAUAGAGGCGAACUGAUUUUUAGAAAAUUACUCACUUAUUCUUCCAGUGUGCCAUAAGAAAACAGGCUUUGCAUACGCUCCAUUCAGUACUGCCGAAGCUAAAGUGUUCUUGCAUUGGCCUGUUUAUAAUGAUUCAGUUGUAAUGAGGCGCAAUUUAAAAACACUUUUUCUGGUACUAUAUUUGUUUUGGUUUUAUUUGUUUGAUUUAUUUUUUUUUUUUAAGUCUACAAGUGAAGCAUUACAACUCUGUUGGAAUCAACAUGCAAAUCCAACAGAAUGAUCGUGCAAUAUCAGGGGUUUCUAGCAGAAACUCUUAGUACAGUUGUGUAAAAAGUCCUUUUCAGCAGUCUUAAAAAGGCAACUACACUGAAAGUUGUGCAUCCUUUUUUCAGUCCAAAACCCAAAACAAGACAGAAUAAACCCUUUGGUUUUCUCUUCGGAAAGUGUAAAAGUUAAUAAUGGUAUGAAUGUAAAGACUACUAAUACAGUUACUAUUUUUGAUGAUGUUUCAGGCCUAAAGUUGGGGUAGGUACAAAAAGACAGAUUUUACAGUUUAGCUUGCCAAAUUUUCAUGAUUUCGGUACAAAUGCUGUCUUUAAGCUGCUUUUUUUUUGUGUGUUUGUUUUUUUAAAUUUACAGUCUUUAUACAAUGAGCUACAAAUGCUCUUGGCUGGGCCAAAGACUAAGAUGUUUGUGAUCAGCUAAUUGUAAGAAAAACAUCUGUUCCAAUGGCUCAUAUAAUAAACUUAAUUGCACAGUUGCUGUGAACUAGCGUUCACCUGACAGCACUGAAAAAAUAAUGGCUUAAAUGUAGCUCCACCUUUACGGCUAAUUCUGUUAUGAAUUUUUUUCAAUGCAAAAGUGCUUGAAGACCACCAUUCUGUGGUAUUCUUCAGAAACUAUUCAGCAGUAUAAAGCACUUGGUAUAUUUGAGGUUUUUGUCUGGAUUUUAUUCUUGGUCUGUUAUGGUCCUAGAAGCGCUAAGGACUAUGUGCAGCUGCACUGAACAAUUUCUUGUUUAAAAAACGUUGUUUUUUGUAUUCUGUCUUUCAGUUAAAAUGCAAAACACUAAGCAAUUCUUGUUGCUUUAAGAGCAAAAGUUUUGGUUUUGAGGGGACCUCUUCCAGAUGUGUUUGCUCCGAGUUUUUUCUGUCUUGUAAUGAUUCCUUUUUCAUUCUUCCUGGUCAACGAACAAUAAUGAGGUAAAGAAAUUCUUUUGUAGCUGUGGGGGAUACAUUUACUGGGAAGGGUGAGCAGAUGAGUUCCACUUUGCCCUCAUACAGUGUGUAGUUUAACCAGUGAAAGUGGUUUCCCAAGCUUGACUGCUUCUUGUGUGCUGACUUUAUAUUUUGGGGUGGGUGGUGGAUUCCUUAGUUAGCUUCAGUAGUUACCUGAGCUUUUCUGCUAGAACGUUGUAACAGUGGGAACCUGUUAAAAUAAUUUAAAUAAGUAGGGAUGCUCACAAAGUGUUUAGUCUUACUAGCAAAGACCGUGAUUGCUUUCCUGGUGAAGCCAGUGGGAGCUUUGUAGCAAUUUCAGCAGAAAAAGGAUCGGUCCCAAAAUGGGAGUGUGCCAACAGGCUGUUAGUUUCUUUUGAGUGUGCAAGAUGCUGGCUGGUAAACAAUAGGUGCAAAUAUCCUUCCAAGAUUUCCAGUAGGUUAUAAGACUCAUCUGCUUGUGUGGAGGUGCUCUUCUGUGAAGAAGUCUGCUGAAUUUCGCCUAGAUGAAUGCAGAAUAAAAAAAGAAUUUGCCCUUGAUGUUCUUCUGCCUGUAAUAUACGCACUAUCUGAAUGUGUUCAUUCAGUUGUUUAUUCUGAUCUGUCUUUUCUUGAAAUACCUGACUGUGUCCUUGAUGAAUAUCAUAAGUGGUGGUAUCAUUCCUGACAUAAAAGACACAAUUUUUCAAGCCCUUCUUAGUUAGGGUUUGAACCGACCAGGUGCUACCCCAACUCACUAGGAGUUGAAGGACCUUCACAGAUAAGGUGUUGAUGUUAGUCUCAGUUUUGCUGUAGAGACAUGUGAAUUACUCAGACAUCUGACUUUUAUUGCUAUUUGUUACCCACAUUUCCACAUCUUCAUGGCUAUGCUCUAGUGGAUUUUGGUUUGCUACAAUGCGUCCUUGGCGGGACUUCUGUUUACUUUCACUUGAAAAUUGCUUGAUUCGUCUUUCAUUCAUGAACACAUCAGGGAUGGAUUUUCUUCCUUGGUUGGUCUGUUAUGAACUAGAGAGAGAGCCCACAGACACCUUACAUCAAUUAAAUCAACCCUCAAAACAUGGUACCUCUUCAAGUGAUUAAUAAGGAUGCAACAAUCGGUGUCUGUUUAUAAUUUAGAAACGUGUGUGAAGGAGGGGGAGGAUUUACAGCUUGAUUUGUUCUAUUUGUGACUCAGCCAAACUACAAAACGCUUCUGUGUCCAGACACAACGUUCAUCCUUGGAUCUUUGCAUUUAAAACAGUUUUGCUGGUCAAUGAUGAAAUGCAACAUAUUUUUUCUUGUAUUCACUGCUCCUGAAGUACAUCCCAUUUGCACUUGUCUGCUCCAGAGAAGCCAAAGAGCUAGCCACCCGACUAUCACUCCUUCAUUGAUUGUUCAUUCUUACAAGCAGUACUGUAUGCAACCGUGAAAACACACCCCUGUGUGACUCCAGUGUGACCGUAACAGACGUGUAGUGGUGUCGCUGCGUGACCCGGGAUCGGUGCAGGAGGUACCUGUUGGCUUCCAUCAGCUACGGAUGGGCUUUGCAUUGAGCUUGGUAGGGGGGACGCUGACCUGUGGGUCGCUCUCACGCCACAUUGCUUUCAUGUGUUUUGUAUCUGACUAAAGAAAUGUAACGGAGGGUGGGAUUUUCAAAGUCUUAGGGAAAGAAGUGCUCAGGUCUUUUUGGGUUUCCACACGCUUUGGGUGCCUGAGGCUGUGAGCACCUUUCAAAAUCCCAGCCCUCACCUCUUCCACUGUACUUGAAAACCAUGUUCUCAGUUUGACGCUUUCAAAUGUAAAAACCAAUUACUCUGUUCUGAUGGCGUGAAUGUAAAUUCCUGCGAGAAUGUGUACGAGCUUUGUGAGCAAGGACCUAAAUGGUGAUGUCAUGUUGUGGUCAUGCUCCAGGAGAAAAGAACAUCUGCAUCAUCUUUGAGUAUUUUAGUAAAGGUACAACUAGUGGAAUGUUUACAUACAGCCUACUGAAAAAAAAAAAAAAAAGAGGAGACAAGAAAAAGAUUAAAAAGUGUAAAGUAUUUAAGUGUGAGAUUCUACUAGUUUUUUUUUUCUUGGUUUGCAGAUCACUAGCUAUUUUUGAAGUUCAGUAAAUGUGUAUAACUUUUGCAAAGACCAGACAGAACUACCUGUUCACUUUCGAUGUGCCCCGUGCUGAAUUGUGCCUAUUUCACUCUCUGCUGUUGUUAUGCUGCUGAUUCUGCGGUUCUGAACUGUUCACUGGAUCAUUCCAUUUGCAUGCAACACAAAUGCAAGCUGAGCUGUCUGAGAGUAAAGCUGAAACACGUUUGUAUAACUUGAAUCGGUUAAUGACUUUCUCUUUUCCACGCCCUCUUGAAAUGCUGUGUAUAAUUUUGAUUUGUUUCUCCUGCCCUGAUUUUUUUUUUCCCCCCGCUUUUGGUUUUUUUUUUUUUGAAUGGUAAUUUAUUUUUGUUUGGAUUAUAGGCAGUAUCUGUACAUUUUGUUUCAAGGUGAUAUUGUGGACGUCUUUAAAAAAAUAAAUUGUUAUUUUAUAUAAUUUUAUCAUAAAGUUGCUCUAAUAAAUCAUUCUUUUAUCAUG